UGUUUGGGCGUGACGUAGAAACAUGGCUGCCAUCAAGGCACACUUGCUCGAAUUUGACUUGUAGUUUUUAUUUAAUAUUUCCGUUAAUUUGUAAUAUCACGCCACCAAAUUUUGUAGGAGGAAACCUGAAGACCUGCUGCCUCGAACGUCAAGGAAAUGUGGCCUGCAGGCGAUGUAUCAACCACCACCCAAGCCAAGGGAACCACAGGGGAGCUGGUGCUGGAGUGUGAGUCCGAGGCACUCUCAGAUGCCCAGCUCAGCAACAUCCAAAAGCUCAAGGAUGAACUUGUCAGACUGCAGAAACUCAUCCAGACAAAUGCAAAUACAGUGCAACCAGUGCAAAAGCCAAGUGAGAUUACAGUACCAGUACUUGUCAAUGGCACCAGCACCCCAGCAGUGGGUGCCUCCCUCACUAAUGGACCCAGCAUGGUGGGGCUUCAGGUGCCACAGUUCCUUCUGCUGCAGAAUGGUCAGAUGAUUGCUGCCAGCUCCACCCUUCAGCCAGCCACCAUUUCCACUACCAGUCCAAGCCUUGUCCCUUCUUCAGGCAACUCCUUUCCUAUUGCUACCACCCAAAACAACAUUAACACCCUCACUUUCAAGCCAAGUACUACAACCCGUGUGUCAUCCGUCACCCAGGCAGCUACUCGUCCCCCAAGAAUGACUGCCAGCAGUGGGAAGAGCAGCAGCAACAGCAGCAGCAGCUCCUCCAAUGCAGUCACCAACAACAACAACAACAACAACAACAACAACAACAACAGCAACAACAACAAUAAUAAUGAUAAUGCUGAUAUCCAAGUUCUGAGUGAAAUACGAUCUAUACCCCAGGGGACUCCUCCUUCUCGGAGCUUGAGGGACGUGCGGAUCUCAGGUGCUUCCAUUACUCCUUCCACCAGUAGCAGUACCAGCACCACAACUGCAUUUAAGUCAAAUACAUCCAUCACCAACAUGGGUGACAGUGAUGUGAUGAAUGGAGUUACAGUUGUCAGUAGUUCUACAAGUGAUACAGCAAGGAUGAGUACUACCAACAUGGUCUCCAACACUGCUAAUGUGUCCACCACCAGAGCUGCAGCUGGUACCUCUACCACCACCACAGCCACCUCAUCCUCCACCUCGAACGCAUGCAAUAAAUAUCCACUGCUGAACAUUGUUGCACGUCCGAGGAACACACUGCCUCCCUCUGUUGCCAUGAACCAACGUAAAGAACUUGACACAAAGGUGAAAUUGGUGCUAGUCAAAUCCCCACAGGAGUUUGUGGAGUGGCUGCUGAGUGAGGGACUGAUCCGCAACUCUCAAAGCUGUUCCAUCCACAAAGUGUCGGCCACACAACAACCUUUCAAGCUCAAACUGGGAAUGUUUUCAGAUCCCAAGGCUCUUGCAACAAGUGGGGGAUAUGUGUGGAUUAGUGAAUGUUGUGGAAAGAAAUACAUUUCUGUUUACAGUGGCUCUAUCUUUGGUUCUACCCCAAUAGACAAGGUGCCACCAACUUCAGUGCUGAAACUGAUCUAUCACUGGGGCUGCCAGACCUCCAUUAGCAAUGUAGAGAACUGGGUCAAGGUGGAAAAGAGCUUCAUCAACAAGAUGUUCCAGUACUUGCGAUGCGUGUGUUCAGUCAUGCUGCAGGACAAGGUUUACGACUUUGGCUUUGAUGGCACCACAGUGGAGCUCGGCAUUGUCAGUCUUGGCACCAGCACUGCUGAUGGCACCAAGAAAGCUGUCAAGGUGGAAAUUCUUGGGCUGUAUGAUCGCAAAAUGAAGUCAUACCGACUGUUUGCAUCAGAACCUGAGCCUGGGAGCUCUUCCCGUCAGAGGUUUGUGCGUAUUCUGAAGCCUCUGGAGCGAGUGGUGCACACCAAUGCACUCAUCCUCUGUGACCAGUCAGUGGACCGGAACUGUCUAUACAACAUGAACUUUACCAGGGUUAGUGUGUGUGAGACCAAUGACAACGAGGACAGCCUCCAGUACAAUGCACGCAUCAUGACUUACCUGCGCAAGCACGUCCCAAAAAUGUUCCAGAGUGCCUUGUCACAGCUCAACUUGCAGCAGGUGCAGCUGGUGCUGGAUGAACUCUGUUGGCGGGAACGCUAUGGCCACUGUGCAGCUCAGGCAUACAGCAACAUGGUGGAGCACAUCAUCUACCUCACUGCAAGAGAGGCUGAGAAUCCUGGAGUGCUGCACUUGCUGGAAUUUGUUGCACAGUCACCACAUCAUAACUGGAGGUAUAAGAGUCAGCAUGUUCCCAAGGGCCCCACCUCCCUGCAGCCUUCCAUCAUCAUGAACACCUUAAACAACACUGGCCCCAUCAAUCCACAAGUCACCCUUGACCAAAGUGCUGUGACACAAACUCCCUUGGAUCACAGCAACAAAGUAUUGCUCACAGCCCGGCGAAUCCAAAUAGGAUCAACAACAACAUCUCCAACCAACAAUGUGGCUGUCACUCCCCCCCCUGCCAAGGCAGACACCACUGAGCUGGAACCUUUCUACUAUGGUCAGAUUCAGGGUGAUCCAAUGCUGGGCCGUGAGGUCAACACUGCUAAAUUUGUCUGCCAUAUCUGCUCGAUGGUGUGUGAAAACAACAUUGAUUUCUACACCCACCUCAAAUUCCACCUGAGCCGCUCGGCACCUUAUGGGGACAACAAAGUGUGCUGUGACUACUGUGCCGAGCACUUCACCACAGAGGAGAAGAGGAUUUUCCACCAAAGAGUUAAACACAUGCACUUGGAUGCAAGAUUAUUGUGGUGCCGCAUCUGCUCUGAGGGUUUCAUCAAUGAGUACAACUUGGUGAACCACAUGGCUAAGAAGCACUAUGAGAGUGAGUUGCCAUACCGUUGUGAGGUGUGCAACUUUGUCACCUCCAUCCUCUACAGCCUCAUUGACCAUUUCACUACGGAGCACAAGAACACAGCCUACGUGCAGUGUCACUUCUGCCUUUGUGUCAAGUCUAUAAGUCCAACAACAAGUAGCUCCUUUUCCAAUCGCAUGUAUCAGCAUUUGCAGAGACACAUGCAUCAGCAUACUCGCUGCAAACAGUGUCAGCUGUGUUUCUACAGUACAUAUCUGAGAGAUGAACAUAGGAAGAAGGACCACAUCAGCCGUGCUGGCUUCCCAGGGCUGCAACGCUACAAAAUUCCUGCUGGACAGAAGACCCGCAUCAUGUUCCGACCCUGGAUCAGGAAGCAAGGCUCACCUGGGAGCUCCACCACCAAUACACUGGCCAUGGUUGUCCCAAUGGCCUUGUCUACUACGCUUGCGUGGCAUGAAUUCAAGAUUGAUGUUCCUGACAUUAAGGAUUACAAUUGCUUAGAAUGUAAUGGCAAAUUCUCCAUUUCCAAUCACUUCAAGUCCUACAUGAAGUGUACCCGCUGUGUUUACUCCACCUGCUGCCGGAACAUGAUCUCAAAGCACGCUGAUGACUUCCAUCCCCAGGGACGCAACAGAAAAAACAAAUAUAAACUUGCUCCUCCCGUUGUCCUCCCAAAACCCCUUUUCUGUAUCUGUGGCUUCAGCUCCCGCAGUGGCAACCACCUAGCACGGCAUUUGGUCAAAUGUGAAGGGGGAAGGAAAUCUGCCUAUCCAUCAGUGUCAGAUGCAAUGGUGUACCAGGGUGACGUGACAGGAGGCAUGCUGAACCUGGUGGGCAAUCUUGGUCUCGAGAACAUUGGUUUGGCCUCCAUCCUGCCUGAUGUUCCCAUCAACAACACAUCCCUUGACAUGGCUCAUUUUAUGAGUGUAUCCAUGGAUGUUGAUGACAGCUGAAUGCAAACAUUCAUAAAUUCACAUGUAAAUCUUUGUGAUAAGAGUCAUGAUCCAGCCAUCAGUGCUUUAGUGAAAGUCAGCAGUUCUUCAUGUUUCUUUACCUCCAUCAUGCUGACUGCAAUCCACUUCUCUUACUUUUCCUACCUGUCUGCUCAGCUGUGAAAGAAAAGACAUUCACCUGACUUUUGUCCUAGACUUAUGAGUCAGAAAUGCAUGUUCCAUGGAGUACAGCUCCAUAACUGGCUUAAUUUUGUAAGCCACUGAAGGUUAUGUAUUUAGUACUUUUUUUUUUUUUUUUUUUUUUUUUUUUUUUUUUUUUUUUUUUUUUUUUUUUAUAGCAUUGUUGUAUAGACUGUGUGUGUGUGUGUGUGUGUUUGUGUUUGUAAGAGAGGAAUAGAAAAAGAAUAACAAAUUUAUAAACCACU